GGCUGGUUGCCAAGAGCCAAGAGAAAAGGGCGAGUAUAAAAGCCGGGGAAUUUGCAGGCGACAUUGAGGACAGCACCAGCAGAUUCUUACCCUACUUCCAUCUCCAUCUUCCUGCAAAUAGCCAACCAUGCGCAUCACAGUCUUCGGAGCUUCUCGUCAUACUGGCCAAGCCUUCGUCGAGCAGGCCCUCGCCAAGGACAACAUCAGCAUCACUGUCCUCGCUCGAACGCCCUCCAAGCUGCCGUUUACCGAUGAGCAGCUUGCCAAGAUCACCGUAGUCCAGGGCGACGCAACAAACAAGGACGACGUGGCCAAGGCCAUCGACAAUGCCGACAUCAUCGUUACCUCUCUGGGGGCGACGCCCACCGGCCUCACCACCGCCAACGACGUUGGUAUCGAGGAAACUGCAGCCGCGCACAUCCUGGAGAUCAUCAAGGAGACACGUGCUGAGAGCCAGCCGCGCGUCGUCAUGGUGUCGUCCACGGGCGUUGGCGGCAGCUAUGAUGUGCCGUAUAUUAUGAGGCCGCUGUACAAGAUCGCUCUAGCGACCCCACACAAGCACAAGCUGGUGGCAGAGACAGCUAUCAAGGAGAGCGGGGUGCCGUACACGAUUGUGCGUCCGACACUGCUGACCAACGGCGCUCUUACCGGAAAGUACCGUGCAGAGUACGGUGCCUCUGGAUACUAUGUGUCGAGGGCCGAUGUCGCGCACUUUGUUCUAGAGCAGUGCAUCUUGGAGGGCAAGUUUGUGAACGAGAGUCCUUCGAUUACACACUAAUUGCACAUACUUUUCUGCUUCUCCCGUAUCUCAUUAAAUAAAUGGCGCUAUUGUAUACCAUAGA